UCGAAAAGCGCGCGUCAAGGUAAUCGUCAACGUACUACAGUCCAAAUAGUGAACAUUCAGGUUAUGUACCACUUAUUUCUGAGGAAGUCUAGUCCAGUUUGAAUGGCUUCUACACCAAAAUCGUUAAAGCCUCUUAGUAAUGAUUUGCAAGAGAAAGGCUCUAUGAUAUGCAAUCUACACAGAGAUUUUGGAUUUGGUCCUAUCAGAAGUAUUGUCUAAGAAAAUUUCGGAAACACGGUUAAAAACGACAGACAUAAAAGUGUUUGAAAAAUUACCUGUAACAAAACUUUUAUGGAAAAAACCAGUUUAGUGUUUAUAUGCACUGUUUUAAUGUACUCUACUAGGCCAUUAAACUUGUCGCUUUUCAAAAGAAAAUUAUUUAUUGACUUUGAGUUCCAGUGGCCUGCCAAUAAUGAUGUUUGCUGCAUGUGCAUUAUUUUCCAGCUUUCUUCUCUGUACAUACGCUGUGACGCUGGAAGAAGGACUUAAGAACCCUUCCAAGUAUAUUCGUUAUGACACAGCUCCAAAUAAUACUUGGAUUCAUGCUCUGAUUUCUCUUUGCAUAACGUACGGUACGCUUACUGGAUUUAUACUUUGCAUACACCUGGUGGUAUACCUUUCAGGAUCAAAGAAAAAUCGUCGUUCUGCUUGAUAAAUCAACUAAUUAGUAUAAAUGCUACAUGUAGUUCUUCAUAUUAACAUUGUAUUUUAUUAGCCAUAUUUGCCUAAUUCAUCGUAUAUUUAUUCGGGGAAACAUACAAGUUCCACUAGCCAAAACAAACAUCAUUUUCUCCAAAUUAUUCAAAAAUGUCUCAGUGAAUAGAAAACUAUGUCACUUAUUAUGGUAGAUGAUGAUAUACUGUAUAAUUUUAAUCUAUGUUCACAUGAUUUUCACUGUUAAAAUAAGAUUUCACAUGGAUAAUAUAAAAUCAUACAUAAAUAUACUGUGUAGACCAUAAAUUUCUUUUAGUACCGCUGAGUCGAAAAACUGAUUGAUGAUUAAACCCAUCGUUCAAAGCGUCUAUCAAACUGAUUCCCCUUCAAAUAAUCCUUAAAAAUUCCUGGUGAUUAAAACAUACUUAAAUCAUGUACUUGUUUGUAAAAUUUACGAUUGUGACAGAUUUCUUUCACACUCAAGUUUACAAAUCUUCAAGACUUAUGUCAUGUGGGAGAUUUAGAAUAAAAUGAGAAGUCGUUGACAGUCUGAUGUAAAACAUCUAUGAAAAUCAUUUUUUCAUAAAUUUUUAGAAGGGAAACAUAACAGUAGAUACAUUGUUACUUGAAAACCUUGUAUUUUGUGAACUACGUGAAACUUGGUUGAGAGUCAUUACAGGGUUAUGCAAAAAACGUCACGUUUAAAUAUAAAACAAUAUCAAUCUUCGGCAUUGCAAUUACCUAAAUAGACUCCCUAGCCAACUUUGAAUCGGUUAUCUUAAGAUCCAUUUUUUAGAAAGUCUGACAUCGUAUGUCUGACAUGUGUUACAUAAGCCCAAACUUCAUUGUCUUGUUUUUUGUAGACCGAAGUGGGGUUGAGAUAUCAAAUACACAGGGUUGGUCAAAGAAAGAAGUAACACCAAGUCAUAAAAGCACUGACUUUUUGUAUGAUUUAUUUUGGUAGUUGAGGUAGGGGUCCGCGUGAGAUGUUGGCUUACUUACUUAUUUACUUACGUCUGUUACCCCCAGUGGAAUAUAGGAUGCCGACCAGCAUUCUCCAAUCCACUCUGUCCUGGGUAUUCCUUUCUAGUUCUAUCCAAUUGCUGGCUAAUAUAGGCCACGUAGAAUAGGUCUCAGUUGCCCAUAUUCACUCACACUUCGUCACAAAUUCGAGUAUAAAAACCAUUUCAUAACCUUUGUUUCAUGAAUCCAUCCUUUAAUUGACUGCCUUUACAUGAUUAUUAAUUUUAAUUAUUUCAUCUUUUAUUCCUGCUGUGGGGUAACAACAUGGAGUUGUGUACGUAUGUGCCAGCGCUCAUUGUUUCAUUAGCUAAGUAGUUGACCAGUUCACAUCAGAGUCAAUUAUCUAGCUUUUAGAGAUAGAUCUACGAUAACUGACGAAUUCACCUUCGAAUUAAAAAACCCAGUUUUUCUCAUUUCUCUUGACGUUUUUGUUACAAUGUGUUUUAGUUAUCUCAGAGACAAAGCAUAAUAAGCUGCCAUAGUUUACGGAAUCCAGUCUGUUCAUUUCCAUAUUGUUUCUAAGAUAAAUUACGAUUAUGCUGCGUGUUCCUUAGUUAGUAUUAUUGCUUUAGCAUAGUUUAACACUAUAGUUAGCCCAAAAUGUUCAAGGAAAGAACCCAGUAAGAUUUUGUUUUAUUUAACACUGCUUCUUAUCUACAAAGGCUUAAUUAACUGAUGAUCACAAAUGUUGUUUGCAGGCAUUUGCAGUAAAAGUGUUCACAAUUUAGGUGUUUAGUUUUUGUGACGUUCCUGUCGAUCGGUUUACGACUAUUCAAUACAUAAUUUAUCCUGUUCUGGUGAAAUUACUACUGUGAGUUACAACUGUUGGAGGUAACCAUUAUUUUACCUGACUCAAAUACUACAAAAUAACGUUUUUCAUAAACCGUCAGAUAUGGUCCUUUCUAACCCCAAGGUGUGAAAUUGUCAUUGAUGAGUUUGUGAUUUACGGUCUCCUUUUGUAUGUUAGCUUAAAACGCAGUAUCAAGUUUAUUCUGAGUUGGGUUUCAUUAGUAUGCAGGAUGACAUUGCAACGUCGAACGUUUGUUCUUAAGACAAAACAGUAACUUAAUACUAUAGUAUUCUAGAUUUUAGCUACGUAUAUGCAGUAAUAUGACUACCUAUCACUUCGUUGGUCGUAAAGAGCUUACGGUCCGUAAAAGAUGUGCAUUGUUCCAAAUGGCUACAGUUUGCUUCAGUAUGGUGAUGAGGAGUUUAACAAGGUGAAAACAAGGUAUCUCAAAAUAUUGAUAACAAAACUAAGGAGAGUAUUAAACUUGAGGAACAAAAUUUGGAAUGAAUUAAUAAUUUUCAGAAAUAUUGAUCAUGAAAUAAUCAUAUAGUAUGCGAAGUAGAACACACAUGCGGAUGCGUUUGUUUGCUUUAAUUAAUUUUGAGCCAAGUCACAAACUUUUUAUUCAUAAAUUACAACUAGGGCUCGAAAAAGAAAAUGGAAAACUGUACUUUACAAGAUGAUUGCAUCCAACAGUCCGUAAUUAUAUGGAUUGAAAUCACCUUUUCUCCAGGUGCCUACAGCUUUCUGCUCUUAUGUCAUCUACAUAUCGUUCAGGUGACUUAUGGUUUCACACAGAACCAUUCAUAAUUCCUAUGUAACAGCCUACGCUUGUAAAAUAAAUUUACGUUUGAAUUUGUCAUGAGUGAUUCAGCAGUUUCACCAUACUUGGAAAAUGUUUUAAAGAAGUCAGUAUCUAUAGUUGUUAUGUGAUCUUGUUUGCGAAGUUUCAUAACCAUAAAGCAACAGAAAAGAAAUUGACAGGCAGAAGAAUAAAGUUCUUCUUGCUGUAGGGGUUGCACAAAUUAGUAACUGUCAAAUUGGGUUUUUAUAUGUGUCAAGGUUUUUUUAUUAUCAACUCACUAAGAUCCAGGAAACUUUUAGGCUGGAUCAAAUGAUCAACAGUUCACGGAAUUUUGUAGACAUCGGAAAGUAAGUAUUAAAUAACCAAGUAUUUUUUAGAGGCGCAAUAAGUAGCAUCUAAUUUCAAGUUACUUAUGUAUAAGUAUUAGGUAAUUUCGAUAUACGAAACUCAUGUUUGUGAACUGUUAUUUUAAAGCCAUAAAACUUGGUCAAGUCAGCUUCUCUGGUUAUUAACUGCAUGUUUUGUGGGAUCAUUGUCUGUGCUUGCUUUGAUCAAUGUUGACGUGAGAAGUUUAAGUGAUCGUAAUAUCUAGUCAUCAUCCAGUUCGUUUCUAAUCUCUAAGUAAGGUUCUAUACAGGAGUGCAAAAGGACUGUACACAUUUUUGAAGUCGGGAAUUUUUUAAAGUGGAGCGAGAACCGAGAAAAAAAGAGAAGUAGUGCAUGAACCAAAGAUUUAUUAAAAUCAAAGAAAGAUGAUAAUAAUGCAAAUGAUUUGCUAGGUAUUUCUUUACUUGUUUCACCUGUUCGUCUGAAAUUAGCAAAACCUAUUUUUUAACAUGUUAGUCUAUUUUGGCUUUUGUACUUCAUCUAUCUUUCUUUUCCCUCACUUUUCUGACUGUGUAACCGAUCUUCAUAAAUACGAAUUUAUGAUCAUUCAGUUGCAACCUGUAACAAAUGAUUUCCGCCUCUAAUAAGGUCAAAACAUUAUUCUGAAGAAGUACUGACAUAUUCAAAACAACAUCUACAAUUUUCUUGCGAUGCUGUAAUUAAUAUUCAUUUUGUAACUGGUGAACUUCGGGAUACAUAAACAUACAAAUCUUUCAAGACAGGUAAUCAUUUAUUGUCUCUUAAGCAUAGGCUAGAUUAUUAUGAGAUUCAAAUAAAUUUAAAAGCGUUACUCAUCAUAAUGUUAUAUCAGUCACAUUACUAUUCAAAAAAAAAUUACUGAGCUUAUAAGUUUAAAGAUAGAUACUACGGACAAUUGUAGGUAAAUGUAUGGUAAUAUUGGAUGACUGUUCACUCCUUUCUAAUAUAUCAAUGAUCAUUAGACUUAGACUGAAACAUAACACUAAUCAUCUACAAUUAAUAGUAAAAGUACCCAAUGUUAUGGCCUUUAUUGAAACCAGUACACAAAAUGAAAACACAGUCAUCCCUCAGAUGAACUUCAU